AUGAAAGAUGGGGCUGAAAUAAAAUGGAUCUCGGGAGAUGGUGAAGGAGAAGAUGAAAUCUACACGAUUGUGUUGAGGAAAUCAAUGGAGGAGAUCACUUACUAUGGUUUGGUUGAGCAAGAGGAUGAUAAAACUGACGGCAAUGUCGGUCUAUCUGAUAGAGAGGCUAUAGAGGCUGGUGAUGAGGAUGGUUCUGAGAAUGAUGAAACUGAUGUCUAUGUCGGUAUAUCUGAUAAAGAGGCUACAGAGGCUGGUGAUGAAGAUGGUAAUGGUGGUGUGCUCACUUUUCACGAAGACAUUGAGAUGCAUGAUGGUGUUAAUCAGAUACGGGAUGAUGGUAUGGAUUUGGUUAUAGGAGCCAAAGAUGGAUGCGAGUGGUCUGUGCGAGUAGCAAUGUUAAAGAAUUCAGAUAUUUGGACAAAUGAUGCAACUGGUGAUGAAGGUACUGGUGGUGUGCUGACUUUUCACGGAGACAUUGAGAUGCAUGAGAAUUUCACGGAAAGAGAUGAGCAUGUGUUUGGAGAUACAGAAGUAAGACCACAAGUUGUCUAUCAGCCACGGGAUGAUGGUACAAGUUUGGUUGUAGGUCAAGAAUUUAGAACCAAGGAGGAAGAAAAAGUCCAUAUUCAGACGGCUUCACAUCAGAAAUGUUUUGAGUUUGAUAUAACUAAGUCGGACACUCCGAGAUUUGUGGUUAAAUGCCGAGGAGCCAAAGACGGCUGCAAGUGGUUUGUGCGAGUUGUAAAGCUAAAGAAUAUAGAUCUUUGGACGGUUAGAAGUUACAUCAAGCAGCAUACAUGUUCUGUUGUUACUACAAGAACACUGCAUGAUAGAAGGAAAGGCACAUCACAAAUCGUUGCAUCUGUUUUGGCUCAAGAUUAUCCUGGUACAUUUGACACACCAGUUCCCAAAGUUCUGAUCGAUUUGGUUCAUCGAAGGGUUGGUGUGCGUACGAAUAUUGGCACAAGAACUCGUGUGGUAGUGGAUGAGGCCAACAAAUUUAAGUAUCUGUUUUUUGCCCUGGGAGCUAGCAUAGAAGGAUUCAAUGCGAUGAGAAAAGUACUCAUUGUGGAUGGAACACACCUCAAGAAUGUUUAUGGUGGAGUUCUCCUCGUUGCGACUGCUCAGGAUCCUGAUCAUCACCACUACCCAAUUGCGUUUGGUGUAGCAGAUGGUGCGAAUGAUGAAAGCUGGAUAUGGUUUAUGCAACAGUUGAAAUUAGUGAUAUUCGAUGUCCCGGGAUUGUUUAGAGAAUGCGCACACGCUUAUACGGAGGUUGAGUUCAAGUACCUUUAUGAUGCUUUUCGGCGGAAGUAUCCUAGUGCAGCAGCGUAUCUUGACAAAAGUGUUGAAGAGAAGAAGUGGGCUAGAUGUUACUUCAGAGGAGAUAGGUACAAUGUUGACACCACCAAUUCAGUAGAAUCUUUUAAUGGUGUUAUUAAGGAAGCGAGAAAGUAUACCUUACUACCAAUGUUUGAUGUUAUCAUUGCGAAAAUAUCUGAAUGGUUUAACAACAAUAGGAAGGAGGCAGCUGAAAUACCAUACACACUGAAGCUUGUGCCUAUUUUGGAAACCGAAAUGUCUAAAAGAUGUGUUAAUGCGGGUUUUCUUACAAUUGACGAAUUAAACAGCUUCUAUCUUGAGUACAGUGUGCAUGGUACUGAUGGCAAGGUUUAUACUGUUGAUAUUGCUAAGAAUACUUGCAGUUGUGAGCAAUUUAAUAAAGACAAAUACCCUUGUGUGCAUGGAGUGGCUGCUGCCACAUUCAUGUCUAAAGCAGCGGGAAGGGAACUCCAUCUUUCAGAGUAUUGUUCAAAAUAUUAUUUGGUGGAGCAAUGGGCUUUGGCUUAUCACAGGACCAUAUAUCUUGUUCCUCAUAUGUCUGAUUCGGAGAAUCCCGUGGAAGAGGAAAAAGAGGCAGAAGAGGAGCUAGAGGAGCCAGAGGAAGAGGCAGAGCCAGAGGAGAAGGUAUGA